GUCUCCUACUUCUCGACCUAGUACAUCCGGAGGCGGCACACCAUUUUCUUCUCCUUCUCCUGGUAAAAGCAUCUCCACUCCUCCUUCCCGCCCAAGUCCUUCCGGAAGCGGCUCUCCUUUUUCUGCUUCUUCUCCUGGUAACUUCGCUAUCAUACAUUUUCCUAUUGUUUACGUAAUUAAUUGCUUUUUCUGAUUCAAGUUUUUAUCUGAACAUGAGUUUGUCCUGAAUUUCUGAGGGGGCGUUUGGUUUGAAUUAUGCAUUGGAUCAGAUUCCAAGGAUUCUGGAUUCUGAAUCUAACUAAAAUGGAUGAGUUUCUUUGGAAUAAUUUUCUUCCGGUGAAAAAAACUGUUUGGUCACUUGAUUCUGAGUGAAAAUCUGUUUGGUUACCUUGAUUCUAUCAAUUGAUUCUGAGUGCAAAAUUAAGCAUUAAUUCUGAGUGGAAAAAUUGUUUGGUUAGCUGUGAGUAUGUGAACCCAUGUUCUGUUAGCAGACAAAAAAAAUCCAAAAACAAUAACAAAAACAAAAUCUAAAAUUUGUUCCACAGGUGUACUUUAUUCUUUAUUUUUUAUUUUUUUCUUUUUCUUUUUUAUUGUAAUAUGUAAAAAGAAGAGUGGCACUCGUGAGCUAUCAAGUCCAAGAGUAUAGUAAUUAUUAUAUUUUUCUUUUAUUUUGUAAAUUGAAGAGGAAAAUAAGGGGAAAAUUUCAAGGCAUGAUUGCUUACAAAUUACAAUUAUAAUUUGUGAAGAAUUUCUCGUUCAGUUGGUUGGCAAUGGCUGUGAACUGCUCUUUUUUCAUUCCAUUGUCCCCACCUUUUCCACUCUUGUAUUGGUUCAACACACACUCCAACAUAUAGUGUGAUACUGCACUAGGCCACGGAGCAAUAUCACAUGACCUACUAUUUGAAUCUCCAGUGGCCUCCAUUCUUACAAAACUAAAAAAUACAUCGCAAUACAAUACAAUGUGAGUCUACUAAUGAAAUACAAAAAUAAGAACAACAAUUACUAAUUGUGAAAUCCAUAAACCAUAUAUGAAAGUAAAUAAUAGUCAACAUGCUUGCAUGCCACAACAUGAAAUUAUAAGUUAUACAGUCAUCCCAAACCAUGCAAAUUAUGGGUUUUACUUUUCUAAGAACUACCUCACAUGUUGGGUACUCUUCAUUGAACCCUUGAUUGACUUUUAUAUGAUUGAUAUGGAAUAAAUUAAUGCGCAAUUGGAGCCAGUAUUUCUCAAAAAGGUUUCUUAUAACAUGUAAUGAUAAAAAAAUACAAUGGAGAAGGGAAUGCGAGAGAGGAAAAAAUUAGGGGGGGGGGGGGGGAGAGUGGUGUAGAACAGGUUUGGGAUACCUUGAAAAUUAUCCUAAUUGGAAAUUAGAAAGGCUAAGAAGGGUAUCCAACUCAUAUAUCUCAACAUACAUUUAGAAAUUCUCAACUAGUACAGCAACAAAUAAAGAGAAACAAACAAAUCAUAUGUACAAAAUUUCACAGUAAGUAUGCAAGGGAAUAUUUAAUUAAAGAAACAUGAUAGAUCAGUACAUUCCUUUGUUGUCCGAUGGAUUAGAAUGCUGUGAAUAAGUGUUAAAUCACUACCUAACUCCAUAGGAGGGGAAUAUUGGAUUUCUUGGAGAUUUGGCCAAGGUGGAUAGGGUAUUUGGGAUACCCCAUGUUGCAUCGGGCUGAUAUGGUUGAAUGAACGAAUGGAAGGCUCUUGAGAAAUGAGAAUGGAGGUAGGGGAAAUAUGAUGGAACAAACGACAAUAGAUUUGGGGGUUUGAACAAGGAUGGUUUGCUAUAGAUAGAGUUUAAAAGGGAGGAGUGGAUCGAAGAACAAGAAAAGAUAGAUUUGUAUAUUGACUUCACAUCACCUUGGAUUCAUGCCAAAGAUUGCACAUAGUCACUCAUGAUGCAGAAAAAAAAAAUAGACUAAUAUAACUAGAUCCAAAUACUUUCAUUGUCCUCCAAAAAUGCGUACAAAAGGCAUCAUAACAUCAAACAAAAAAAAAAAGGUUAAAUUUCCUAAGAUAACUACUCAUAUAACUACAUAUCAAACAUCUAAAUAGUUAUUUUCUAAAAUAUCUACCCGUAUAAGUACUCUCACCACUUGACACUACAACAUAAUAACAACACUAAAACACAUUAAGAUAAUAGUCUGGCCCCAAAUAAAAGUAAAUCAAAUAAUUAAAAGUAGCGUUUGAUCUAUUCCAGCAAAAGUUCAUAGAGAGUAUGCAAGACCAUCUAAUGGCAGCUUCUGUAUUCUCGUAACAUGAAGAAACAAAGAAAUCUAUUUGAAAGGCCUGAAUUGUAUUACCUAUUCAAGGCUGAUCUAUUUGCUGCAAAAGCUCCUUCAGCUAGUAGAGAGAACUCUCUGGUCUUGUGUAUGACAAAGAUUCAAAGUCUCACAAGAAUGGGUUAGGAUCGAGAGAGAAGAUGUCUGUAUACAUCAACCACAACUUAUCAGAGAGAGAAGAAGAAGCAAAGGGGGGAAAUCGAUGUUAUGCUACCUCUCAAACUUAAAAACACACAAUUUAGGGUUUCACAUCUAGGAUUGAAAAGAGAAAUGACCAUAUCUCACACUUUAGAUGGAUUCUCAAUACCUACGUCAGUUGAUCGUCUAAGCUAAAAAAAAAAAUCUAACACAUUAAAGAAGAAACGUAAGGUAAACCCUAGAUAUGAAGUUAACAACCUGAAAAAUAGAAACCGAAGUUCCAUAAUCUUAAUAAAACACAGACGAAGAAAAAAAAACACAUAAGAAGGGAAAUCUCACCUCCAAUCAACUCGGUUUUCAAAUUCUUCUCAGCUGCAAACGUCUAUCAUGUAAGGAGGGUAAACGUGAGAAACCCUAAACACAUACAAAGAAGAAGAAGAAGGUAAGAAGUGCAAUCGUCUUUCACCGUAAGAGGGCAAAAACCUGAUAAUUGCCCUCUCACCGUGAAUCUAGGCUUUUUAUAUCAACCCUAGAAUCCGUGACUCGAUCUUGGAUUAACCUGUUGAGGUUAAUCCAGUUGAGUCGUGGAUUUUAGUUCAAGUGUCUGAUUCAACUGGACACCGCGACUCCGGAUGACCUUUUCGGAAAUAUGAACCAAAAACUUUAAAUUUAAUGAGAAACUGAAUCCCUAGAAUGUGGUUCCAUGGAAAAUUCGAACCAAACACCCCUUGAAAUAUUUUAGUUCGAAUCAUUAUCAUGUUUUCUCUGUAUUUGCAUUUCAAAUGUUAGUUUGCGCUGAGUUGAACAAUUCAUUAUUUCAGUGUGUUACUGCACGUUUUCGUCACUUGUUAACCUAUAGAACACAUGUCAGAAACUGACCCGGAGGAGGCUCCGAGACCAGGCUCUGAUGCAGAAGUUAGUUUUGGUGAAUUGAUAUUGCGAGUGUUCAGCGAGAAUGAGCGUUUACCUUCUUCCUUGGCUCUUCUUGCCUUAUAUUAAGCGCAUAGGUCCCCCUAUUGGUCGAGGAUCAUGGGCACGUGUCUCUUCCUCAUUGGGGGAAUCUUUCCUUAUUGUGGUUGAUUAUAACGGCUAACUCAACCCAGGUUGGGAAUCAAAACCGUUAACCUAACUAUGGUGAAAUUCCUCCAACGACUAACUCUACCGCAGUCAACCCUAUGGUUUAGUGGCUUGAGUGUCAAGCAACCGGAUAAGCCCGCUCAAGUCCCUCAAGGUCUUAGGAGAGGUUAGGUGAUCGUGGGAUCGGGUUCGACCUACCUACCCUGGUCCCAGCGGCUUUGGAAUCAAUUACCCGGCCAUUGACCAGUCAAUGGUUAUAUGGUAUAACAUAGGCCCUCCACUCCUCAGGCUGCUAGCAUAGGAGCUCGGGGAGUAUUCAGUGUCUCGAGCAUGGUUGUUUGUCGUAUCUUCUGCUCGUGUCAUUUUCGAGCCUAUGGUUGAGUUUGGGAGUAUGCUUUGGCGAUAUUAUGACCUGGGCCUCUCGCCCAUCUUGUGUUGGUAUUUGCGCUUUUGUGGGCGAAAAAGCUGCCACCAGCCAACGUUCAUAAAUAGGGGUUAUCAUCGUCAGACGAACGUGUUGAUUAGUGGGUGGUUCCUACCACGAAAUGAGAGAUUGGGUAACUAUAUGUCGUUAAUUGUCUCUCAUCGAAUGGAUAAGGAGUGACCAGAUAUGUAUUUCCUUUUAGGUUUUUCGAACUGACAUUUUGGGUAAUCAAACGUCCCCCUGUCCAAUCGAUUUCUUUAAAAGGGGACAUCUCCAUCCUUGUGUCAUUUUGGUUGUGAGGUCCGGUAAUUUGGAGUGGAACGGAGCUUUAGAGACGUUUGAAGCGGAGAGCUUGGUUACAGACUUGCCUCGUACUUCGUUCGAAGUAUCUGACUACCCUUUCUUGGUAAGUGUGUUGCUUAGUGUUGUUUGUUUGUAGUGAGUUUUCGUAUGGGUUCUAGGACAUCGGAGUCUUCUAGUUUUGAUGUUGUUUCCCUAGGGUCUUCAUCUUCUUCGUCAUCUUCCCCUUCAGUUGUUGUCCGAAUGCCUCGGGUAGUGGUUAGGGAUACCAGUAGGAGUCACCAGCCUUUGGCGGCAGGUCUUUCUCCCCCCAGGGGUCACAAAGGAUUUCCAUGAGGAUACAGGACCCCACCGUUGGUGUUUCUGUGGGGGAUGUGGCCUCUAGGAUCACUCCUAUCGACCUGAAGAAAUUCCGUACCAGGUAUUAUAUCCCGACCUCAGUGGGACUUCGUGUGCCAGAGGUUCACGAGAGGGCAAGCGCACCUCGCAAGCGAGAGAUUUGCAUUUACGAAGCUGCCUUGAUAAACGGGUCGCACUUUCCCUUUCACGCCUUUGUGUGCUUGGUGUUGAGGCACUAAGGUCUUAUGCCUGCUCAAUUGGUUCCCAAUUUUUGGAUGAGUCUGUUAGGGUUCUUCUGUCGAUUAUCUGAGCUCAAUGUCGAGCCGACCAUCUGGUUAUUUAUUGCCGUGUAUUGUUUGUCCACACACAUGUUUCCCGGUUGGUCUAUUUCCGUCGUCGGAAGAAAGUAUACCAAAUUGCAGACGGAAUACCGACCUCCGUUUCUCAGUGGAAGGACGGUUUCUUUUCGCCCACCCUGUCAAUGCAUACGAUAUUCCGAAUCGAUGGUCGUUGUUGAACAUGGACAGGGCGAACAAGAUGCCCAACCUACGGUCUGAAGAGAAGGAGGUUCUUACCCUGUUGGGCAGUCGUGCUCGGGUGGUCCUUGCCACACACCUUGGUUUUGACCAAUACCUAUUGAGGUUUGGUCUAAGUUUGGCGUCAAUGGAUCCAAACUUCAUGCUCAACAUAAUGGACCUAGCUUUGAGUCAGGAAGCUUCUCAAAGGCCAAGUGGUGGAGGAAACCGAGCCAGUGCUAGGCCAAGUCACCAGCCCGUGGUCCUCGAGCAGGAAGUUGGGAGUGCUCGUAGCGACAGCGAAGCACGAGUAGAUUCUACGGAUGAUCUGCUUGCCCAGGUCACGUCAAGGAAGCGUCAACGUGAGGAGGAGACUUCGGCAGCUCAGCGGAGUGACAAGAGUGGUGGUCGCGGAGGAUUACUGGGGCCUUCACGCUCGUCCAGCCUAGAGAUGAUCGGUACAGGUGCCAGCCUUGGUCCCGAUGCCGUGGAGCAAGAGGUAGGAGUUGAACCAACUGAGGACCUAGUGAGGCAUCGAGAAAAGGGGAAGUUGGCUGAGGGGACGGCUGUGACCGUCGGGGAGCCCUACGUUCCUCAAUACGGGCUGACAGUUAAUCAAUCUAUUUCUGAUGACCCGGAGUAUGCUCGAGUCGUUGUUCUAGAAGGUUCGCUCCCUAGAGACAAAGCAUAUUAUAAGCGGCCAACCUAUUACAAGCUUCUUGGUCAAUGCUUUACCCAGUUGGCAGAGGGACAAGCCAUGUUUGGAGAGAUGCUUGUUCGCGCCGAUCAAUGCUACAGUGCGUUGAAGGAGUGUGAGAAGAAAGUUGAUGAGGGUUGGUCAGAGGCUACGAGGUUGCAGGAAGCCUUGAAUGCAAAAGAGAAAGAGAGACGGGACCUGGAGCAUCGGCUUGCUAAAGAAGAGAAUGAUGUUCACGGGUUGCAAGGCCGGAAUGAUGAGCUCCAUUGUCAGAAUCUAGCUGCCAUAGCCAAGGCCGUGGAGUUUGAGGAGUACGUUAAAGAAAGAGAUCUUGAGAUUCACCGUCUUCGUAAUGACUUAGAUAAGGAGAAGAAAAGGAUUGCGAUGGUAGAGACAGCGCGAGAUUAUGACAAGCAGCAAUUGGUUAUGGUUAAGGCACGAGCAGUGGAGAGUGAGCAAGCAGUGAUAAGGAGGCAUAAGGAGUCGCCGCAGCAUCGAACUGAGGUGGCUCUUGCCGGUGUUCGUUUAUAUCUCCAAGGUAUGUUACGAGUUCGUGACGAAUCUGAGCGGAGGAGUCCUGGUAUCGACCUGAGUGCGUUUAAUGCUGAGUGGGAGAAAGCGGCGUCCUUGGGAGUUGUGGCAUCUCCCCCCUCGUUGGUUACUGCUCCGCCUUCUUCUUGGGUGGCCAACACCAUUCCAGACUCUACACCCACGCUGUCGUCUUCAACAAAGGAUGUUUCUGUCUCAGGUGCUACUUUUGCUAAGACUUCUUCCCAAACUAUCAUUCCAGAUGUUGAUCCUAUCCAGCCUUCGUCGGAGUCUAAUGUUCCAACAUUGCCUUCUGUCGAGGUUAAUGUCAUUGUUCAUGAAACCGAAGGUGUUCUUCCUGCCUCCGAGCCAGUUACGAAUGUUCCUGCCUCAGUUACGGACGUCCUUACUUCUCCCUUUGAAAUUGUAGAAUGAUUUUUGUGUACUCAUCUGUUUGUAAGGCGCCUUGUAAUUUUCUUGGAAUGAAAUAAACUUCAAUUUUUUCUUUA